UGUUCCGCGCCUCAUUCAUACAGACGCCCGGCUCACUCUGUGUGAACCAUGCUGGCACACCACCAAUGACGGACUCAGUGCUCAAAUCCCGCAACGUUCAACAGCCAAAAGCAACAGCUCAUUUCACGGGAGACGAGAGGGGGUGCCAGCUCAGCCGGAAGACCGCACCCGGGCAUGGCAAUUGCCCCAGCAAGAUUGUCCAUAUCUAAGGUGGCGAAAGGUCCCGAAUUCGUUCGUCACCUCGCUUCUACCCGUUUGAUAAUUCCCUUGACCCAGAGCCAUGGACGUGGACCAGCCACCAAAACCCGACGACUCAGGUGACACAGCCGCAGUUCACAAGCCCUCACAGCGCUCACGCACGGCAUCAGACACCUCCACAACACCUGAAGGAUCAAUUAUUUCGACUCGCACUCUGCGAUCAGAAGAUCUGGAAUUCGUGACGGAAAAUGGCCGCACAUAUGCCAACGAAAUUUAUUUUCUGCCAUGCGACCAGGCAGAGCAAGACCGCCUGGCCAUUCAACACCAAGUCUUUCUUCACGCUCUGAAGGGAAAGCUUACUACAACACCCAUUACACACCAUACCAGGCGGGUUCUUGACCUAGGAACCGGCCCAGGGGACUGGGCAGUCGCCAUGGCUAAACAGUACCCCCACCUCGAAGUGGUUGGCAUCGACAUGGCGGUCUGGGAUCUCGGCGAAGCGGACACCGAAGCCAACAGGGUAAUCUGGGAGCUUGACGACCUCGAUGUAUGGGGCGUCGAUACCGACGUCGACGAUCUGACUUUGAGGCUGGAGCAAUACGAUCUCCUGCACGAUGUCACGCACCGCAAUCCCACGGAGAUAGAAGCGCCCUCUCGAGCGAGGCGCCAAAACUCCCAACCUCCACUUCAACCGCAAACACAGUCCCACCGCGACAGUCCUGAAGCCUCCUCCCCUUCUACCUCCCAUGAACCCUCCGUCCUCGAAUCCGAACUCCGACCGGGCUGGAACUUCAGCUCCCCCUUUGAUCUCAUCCAUCUCCGCAACAUGAAAGGCGCCUUUGGCUACUGGGACGAAGUCUACGCCGAGAUCUACAAGAAUCUGCGUCCCGGUGGGUACGUCGAGGUUGCCGAUUACGAAGUGCUACCCCCGGACCUACUAAACCGAGGUGUCGCUCAAGAAGAUAGCACUACGACGUACCACCUCCCCACAGUCCGUAGACUGUUCCUCACGAUGAUGGAAGCGUCGUUCAAAGCCGGACGGCCGCUGGGGCUCUUCUACAUGCACAGGACGUUCCUGGAGGACGCGGGGUUCAAGGACGUGCGCACCACGGCUUAUGUCAAUGUGCCUGUGGGACAGUGGCCGGAGGAUGAAGAGCAGAGGCGUUUGGGGAAGAUGUUCCUUGUCGUUUUGAUGGAGAGUCUGGAGGCGCAUGUGUUGAGGUUGGCGACGAAGUGGGGUGAUCGAGAGAGGGUGUGGGGAGAAGAGGAGGUCAGGGAGCAGAUUGAGGUGGCGAAGGGGGAGAUUUUGGAGUGGAAGGGUGGAGAGGGGGAGGGUGGGAUGGAUGUUAAGCUUAAGGGAUGGUGUGCGGGGUUUAGGUGGGUGGUGGGGAGGAAGCCGGGGGGUUAGGAUGGAUGAUGAGGAUUGGAGGGCGUUAUUUUGAAGGGCGUUAUUGAUGCUAUCUGGGGUUUGUAGUCGGACGAUGGAGCAGGGAGUUUGGACAUGGGCAUUGGGAUAGAUUUCUUGAGCAUAUUUGACGACGAGAUGAGCUGCGCAUCAGAAUGAUAAAUCAUUAUUCAAAUCCUGCGAAGGAUUUCACGA